AUGAUGCCGAGCGCGACCAACAGGAAUGGGGAGCCGUUCUCGCCGGCCAAGGUUCACCCGCUCCUGUCUCCACAUCGGCCGCGGGACAAGUCCUCCGCCGUUAACGCCGCGGAUGCAUCAUCAAUAUAUCUCACGCAUCCUGCUCCUUCUCCACAGCCUCUGCAGACGAGCGUGCACUGGCCUCGAGGCUCCGAAGAUAAUGCCUCGUCGGUAGCAACGACAGAACUAGUCGGUGCGCCCGCAGCCUCCGACUCGAUACCAUCCUUUGCGACACCGGACGAGUCUCUUCGGAACCAACAUUCGGCUGUUGUCAGCAACUCGUCGUCGAUCGAGAACCUCACAGUCCUGCCCCAGCUGCCGUCUUUCGGUGAGCACCGCAUCCGGAAACAUCGCAAAAACGCAGCUUCCUUUGACUCGGCCACACCCCGCCAGACCAUCCUCAAGGCCUUGCAAUCACGACCGCCAACGUCGCAGUCGAUCGACUCCGUAGUCAUGGACGAAAGCCAAGGCGCUACAGAGGGCAAGACCCAGCGAUCAAAGAGCAUCACCCACAAGGCGCUUGCCGAUGCGCUCUCAGAGCUCAACUUGGCUUCAGGGGACCUCGCCGUGAGCAAGAUGGCCGCGCUUGCGUCGCCAUGCUUCUUCCACAAGAAAUUCGACAAGGCCGUCAACCUCGAGAAAGUGCUGGAGGAAAUUGCAGACGACGAUUCCAUAUCGCACUCGAGGCUCAUGCAGACGGCCUUCAGCGUGCGCGAGGUAUCUAAGCAACUUCAGCGUCGACCGAUCAAGAUGACGGUGCGCAAUGUCAUGAUUGUUACCAAAGCCCGCGACAACGCCUUGGUACAUCUCACACGAGAGUUGGCAGAGUGGCUGCUUACCACUCCGCGAUACGGGUCAGAUGCAGGCAUAAACGUUUACGUAGACCACAAGCUCCAAAGAUCGAAGCGCUUCGACGCCGCUUCCCUGGUAGCCAAAGACAAGCGUUUCGAGAGCUCUCUUCGCUACUGGGCUCCGGAUCUUUGCUGGGAAACGCCGGAGAAGUUUGACCUUGUCCUUACGCUCGGUGGCGACGGCACAGUUCUGUUCACAUCGUGGCUGUUCCAGCGCAUCGUCCCGCCGAUCCUCUCCUUUUCCCUCGGCAGUCUCGGGUUCUUGACAAACUUCCAGUUUGAGCAGUACAAGGAGGCCCUCAGCAAAAUCAUGGGCGACGCUGGCAUGCGCGUAAACCUGCGUAUGCGCUUCACCUGCACGGUCUACCGGUACCAGAAGAACGCUGCGCCUGGCUCACCUCAGCACAUCGAGGCUGAGCAGUUUGAGGUCCUCAACGAGCUCGUCAUUGACCGCGGUCCAUCACCCUACGUAUCCAACCUUGAGCUCUAUGGCGACAACAACCUCCUUACCGUCGUACAAGCAGAUGGCUGCAUCUUCUCCACCCCCACCGGUUCAACAGCCUACUCGCUCUCCGCUGGAGGCUCGCUCGUCCACCCUGACAUCCCAGCCAUUCUCCUGACCCCGAUCUGCCCGCACACACUCUCUUUCCGCCCCAUGCUGCUCAAUGACAGCAUGCUCCUCCGCAUCGCCGUACCCCUCAAAUCUCGCGCAACCGCCUACUGCGCCUUCGACGGCAAGGGCCGCGUCGAGCUUCGCCAGGGCGAUCACGUCACAAUCGCUGCCUCGCAGUACCCUUUCCCUACCGUCCUAUCGCAACCUACCGAGUGGUUCGACAGCAUCAGCCGCACGCUGCGCUGGAACAAUCGCGGUGCUACACAGAAGGCUUGGGACGGCGACGAAGACGAAGAAGAUGGCGAAGAGGCGGAAGCCGCCUUCGAUAUUGACAUUGAUGAUGACGUUGAUCGCGAUAGUGGCUAUUCAGCAGAAGGCUCGACUGCUGAUGGCCGUGGCAGUCCGAUGAGGAAGGGCAUUGUACUGCCGUUUUUGUGA